ACUGGCCGUAACCAACAGAGGGCAUUGUCUGAGAACUUGGCAGUUCUGAGGGGGGAGAGGGAGAUGAAGACGUGUACCUUUAAUAACGGGGAGAGGAGAACAACAGUGACAGAUUGAACGAAAAGAGUAAAGAUUCAUUAUGAACGGUCGGAAGUCAAAGUUUAUCAUGCUAAAUGACUAACGGAAAGCGAUUGAAUGUGUUUGAUUCUGUCUUCAUGGCUUGCAAGACAUCGGCAAAUGCACUUGAUCUAAGUUGGCGCUUGCUAAUGACAGUUGGCUAACUAGCUAGCAUUGUGGUUAGCAUUAGCUUUAGCUGGAGUCCACCGGAGGACGGAAGGAAAGGGAACAGUUGACUACGCACUGCUCGGCUACAAAGCCAAGUCCUACUGGUGGCUAGCGGGUUAGCUAAACAAGUGGCUAGCUGGUUGUUAGCUAAAGUUAGCUAGUAAGUUAGCUAACCUAGUUACGUUGUUUCUUUAUACGGGGCUCACUCAGUUUAACAAAUUAACUUCAAAGAAAACAAUUGUAAAUGUAUGACUUUUUUUAGUAUUUAGCUACUACUAGAGCUAUCAGCUAACAAACCAGGAAGAAUCUCAUAUUCCUAAAACUAAACUGUUGCUUUGAGGUUUGAAACGUCUUUGAAGCAUUUGAUCUAGUCUCUUUUGUCCAAGAGCCUCUGUUUGAAAGGAAGCGGCAGAUCAGCUGUGAUGGCUACAGAUAUGACCGAGGGUGAGGUAGUGCUGAAGGCUGCGGGUGAAAACGUUAGCCCAGACCUAGACACGGACACACCCAGGAUUUAUGAGAGCCUGGGAGGCGAUAUCAGGGCCACUCCGAGCCCUUCGUCUUCGGGAGUGUCAGGAGGAGAGGAAGAACUGCAAAACAGCAGCACAGGACCUUCAUUGGAAAAUGGCGAGGAGGCCGCACCAGGAGCAGCGCUACAGACAGGAGGUCCGCCGCAGGAAACGGUGACUCCAAACAAUGGAGAAAAACAGGAGGAAGGGGUGGAGGUGGUGCCAUGUUCCACUCCCGUCAGAAUGCCCCAGACAUCCUCAACCUCUGGACAUAAUGGAAGUCUGGAGCGCCAGGAGUCUGUGGCGACCUCAGAGGCUCGUCUCCGCAUGGAGGGGGUGGAGCUUAAAGAGGAGUGGCAGGACGAGGACUUCCCCAGUCUGGAGCGCCAGGAGUCUGUGGCGACCUCAGAGGCUCGUCUCCGCAUGGAGGGGGUGGAGCUUAAAGAGGAGUGGCAGGACGAGGACUUCCCCAGGCCCCUACCUGAGGAGGAAGAGGAGGACAUUCAGCUGGGUGAAGAUCUCUUCACUGGAACCUCUGGAGAAGGACAGUCUGCCUCUGCAGGGGGCUAUGCUGCUCUGAGCGGUGGUAAGAAGACUAAGAAGAAGCUGGCUGCCCCAGACAUCAGCCUGACUCUGGAUCGGAGUGAAGGAUCUCUGCUGUCUGAUGAGCUGGAGGAGAGUACAGAGCUAGAUCUCGAUGAUGUAGACACCCCAUCUGACAACAGUAACGAGUUUGAAUGGGAAGACGACCUGCCAAAGCCCAAGACGACGGAGGUUCUGCAGAAGGGGGUGGAGUCAGUCCAGGAGUACUCGGCGUCCGAGGAGCGGGAGGAGGGCCGGCGUUGGAGAGUGUUCCGUAUAGGAGACCAGGAACACAAAGUCGACAUGAAGGCAAUAGAACCCUACAAGAGGGUCAUCAGCCACGGAGGUUACUAUGGAGACGGCCUGAAUGCCAUCAUAGUGUUUGCGGUGUGCUACAUGCCUGAGAGCAACCAACCCAACUACCGCUACAUCAUGGACAACCUCUUCAAGUAUGUGAUCGGCACUUUAGAGCUCUUGGUAGCAGAGAACUAUAUGAUAGUGUAUCUGAACGGAGCCACGUCCAGGAAGAAGAUGCCCAGUGUGGGCUGGCUCAGGAAGUGCUACCAGCAGAUCAACCGCAGGUUAAGGAAGAAUUUGAAGUCGUUGAUUAUCGUCCACCCUUCCUGGUUUAUCCGCACCCUCCUGGCCCUCACCAAACUCUUUAUAAGCUCAAAGUUCAGCCAGAAGAUCCAGUUUGUGUUCAACUUGACAGACCUUUCUGAACUGGUCCCUAUGGAAUAUGUCUCUAUACCAGACUGCAUUAAAGAGCUCGACCAGGAGAAACACGUCAGAGUGGCAGGCAUGCCAGAGACAGAGUGAGACUACCUGGGUGGCUUGCUAGCUCUGCUCUGUCUGCUCUGCACAGCUCCAGACCGAUGAAGAAAAAGAGACGGAUGAAGAUGUUCAGAACCACAGCUGUUCAGCCUUUACUGUUGAUAAUGUGUGUUGCUACAGGAGAGACUUAAACAGCUAGCCCAGUUCCAGGAGAAGACCAUGCUGCCUGUUACAUUGUUACAACCCUCUCCCUCUCCCUCUCCCUCUCCCUCUCCCUCUCCCUCUCCC